AAAGAGUCUUAGGAUUGAACGAGUGGGCAGCUCUAUAUAAUGGAGCAUGAACCCAAUCCGAUCAAGCUGCCAUUAGUUUCCACCAGAAACCAGUUUUUUUUUGCAAGCAUGUCCUGUAAGAUUUCCCCUGUUCUUUCUUUACUUGUCCUGCUACUAUCACUUUCACUACUCUUGCCUCCAACUUCAACCAGAAGCACUGACUUUGGAAAGAAGGUCAAUGAAGAGAUUCAGAGAAAUCUAAUAGAAGGGAAAGGACCAAUUUGUCGUGUUCAUGCAGGAAGCGGUUAUCUCCCUAUAGAGUGUCCUCCUUUUCAUGCCAAUAGCGAGAAGAAGAAAUUUACUGGGGCAACAAAGGGUCAUAACUAGCGGUUACAAAACAAAGCCUUGCUAUUUGAGUAAUAAUUCUCUAAAAUUAAGUAGCAGAUAUACAAGAAAUAAAGAGAUUAAGUGAGGAUAUACUAUAAGUGUUCCUAAAUACAUAGCCUGAGACAUAACUCUAUCCCUACUCUAUUUUUUCUUCUUUCACCUAUCGAAUUAAACACUAGUAAAAAUAUUUUUUGUUUCUUCUUUUCCCCUUCCAUUCUCGCACUUUAAUCUUUGUACAAAAGGGAAGCCUCAAUUUCUAACUUACAGGUUACCACUCAAUCUAGUGGGCUUGCAAUUUCAAUGAACUCAGUGUUUCUAUCUUAAUUUGUUCACUUAAAGAUGGCUAAUGUAUUCUACAGCAUAAUUGUGAUUAUGAUUAUUUAUGAUGACGAUUCCUCAAAAACUUAGAAGUUGCUAGAAUGAUGAAGAUUAUAUAGGUUCCUUUUCUUUCUUUUUUUUUCUUUUAACAGGAUAAUUGAAGACCAUAUAGAUUCGAUCAAAAGAAUUUUACACGCAGUUUGUGAUGCUCUUUGCAC